AUGCAAACACGUUCAACAUUAGAUACAAGUUCAAAUAAUUUAUUUACAAAUAUUGAACGGUUAGGUACACGUGAUUUAUUAUCCUAUGGACAACUUUCAUAUGAUACUAUAUUAACAUCAAUCCAAAGUAAUAAUACAUUACCAUUAUCAGUUAAUGUAAAUGAUUUAAUAAUAUCCUCAAUAAGUUAUAAUUUAUGUAAAUCUAGUAUAUUACUUGGACAAAUAGCAAAAGAAUAUAAUGAAUUAUAUCUACGUUUAAUUGAACGUAAUUAUAAAUUAAUAAUUAAAACUCAUGCAUAUGCAUCAUGUUUAUUUUUACUUGAAAUGUUAAUACUUUCACGUAUUUAUACAUUAUUACAACGACCAAAUAAAAAUACAAAUUCAUUAAAUAAUGAACAUGUUAAUAAAGAAAAAACAAUAAUUGAUGGUUCAUCAAUAAUAUCAUCAUCAGAUAAUAUUCUUAUUGAACUUGUUGAAGAAUUAUAUGCACGUAUAAAACAAUCAUCAACAUUAGCAUAUGAAGCUUUACUUUUAUUACGUCCUAUAUCAUUAUUACUUGCACACAUUAGUUUUUUUUUCGUGCUUUAA